AUGGACAAAGAAUUCCUAUCCUCUGUCAUUGUGCAAAACCAAGAUGCACUGGCAGGCAUUGCGGAAUUCCUCCGCAUUCUGGCAGGUAUCUGCUGGACCUUGAAUUACUUUAGCAUGCUGUAUACAUCUUGGAAGGACAAGCUGCCGAGUACCGGAAUCUUUCCAAUCUGUUGCGACAUUGCAUGGGAAUUUACCUACGCCUUUGUCUACCCAUCUGCCAGCGCACACUGGCAAGGUGGAGUUCGGGUAUGGUUCCUGGUUCAUUGUAUUGUUAUUGUCUUCAUUACCAGAUACGCGCACAACGAGUGGGGCUAUCUCCCAUUUGUGCAGCGGAAUAUCUACUUUGUCUAUGGAGCGGUAAUUCUCGGCUUCGCAGCUGCCCAGCUGUCCUUUGCGGCUGAGGUUGGGCCAGAAUUAGGAUUUUUCUAUGGUGGUGUGUUGUGCCAGACUUUGGCCAGUCUUGGGCCGAUUUGCCAGAUCCUUUCCCGUAAUAGUACUCGUGGCGCCUCUAUCAUGACUUGGGGACUGAGAGCAAUCGCUACUUUCGGAGGUUUCAUCAAGCUGACCAUUUAUUACUUGCUUGGAAAUGCUGCGGGGCCCUGGUUUGAGAGUCCCAUGUGCAAGUGCUAUAUCGGCUUGACUUUGUUCAUGGACUUCAUGUAUCCGAUUAUCUAUUAUUCCAUCCGCCGUCAAGAAAAAGCCAAGGCCGUGGCGGCAGCCAAGAAAUCUAAAUGA